AACAAGCUUUUGAAAUUGUGAUUCCCCUUUGCCUGUGCAUUUUGCUUGGAGCAUCACAUAAAUCAUUUUGAAAGAACAAAUGAAUGGAUCCUAUUCAGAAAGCUGUAAUAAACCAUACAUUUGGGGUUCCUCUUCCUCAUCGGAGAAAGCAGAUCAUCUCAUGCAACAUUUGCCAGUUGAGAUUUAACUCAGAUAGCCAGGCUGCGGCCCACUACAAAGGCACGAAACAUGCCAAGAAGCUCAAAGCACUGGAAGCCAUGAAAAAUAAGCAGAAAUCUGUCACUGCCAAGGACAGCGCAAAGACUACCUUCACCUCCAUCACUACCACUCCCAUCACCACCAGCUCUGACAAAACAGACAGUGCCACAGGGACAUCAGUAAUCUCAACAACAACAAGUGUUGAAAUACGCAAGAGCAAUUCAGGUACGACUGAGAGCGCCUCUAAAGUGGAGAAAAGCCCCACGGCAGUGGCAGCCACUGGCACCAGUUCAAGUCCCUCCACAGAGACUGAGGAAGAAAAGGCGAAGAGGCUGCUUUACUGUUCGCUAUGCAAGGUGGCUGUGAACUCUGCCUCACAGCUGGAGGCUCACAACAGUGGUACUAAGCACAAAACCAUGCUAGAAGCCCGCAAUGGAAGUGGAACUAUCAAGGCCUUUCCUCGGGCUGGAAUGAAGGGCAAAGGACCUGUUAAUAAGGGAAACACAGGCCUCCAGAACAAAACGUUUCACUGUGAAAUAUGUGAUGUGCAUGUCAACUCAGAAACACAACUCAAACAGCACAUUAGCAGUAGAAGGCACAAAGACAGAGCUGCUGGGAAGCCCCCCAAACCUAAAUACAGCCCCUACAACAAACUGCAGAAGGCAGCACAUCCGCUGGGGGUAAAAUUAGUAUUUUCAAAAGAACCUUCAAAGCCUCUGGCUCCCAGAAUUCUCCCGAACCCACUGGCAGCCGCAGCGGCUGCAGCUGCUGUGGCAGUGAACUCCCCCUUCAGUCUUCGAACUGCUCCUGCAGCCGCCCUCUUCCAGACCUCUGCCCUUCCUCCGGCUCUCCUGAGGCCAGCCCCUGGACCCAUUCGGACCACCCACACUCCUGUGCUCUUUGCUCCAUACUGAAUUCUAAACAGGAGGUGUUGUACUGCAAUAAUUUUUAAAACAACAAAAUGAAACUAAAAUCAAACAAAAGAGAACUAUGCAGUGUUUAUUUAUAGUAUAAAGUGUAUCUGAAGAGCCAGGACUUUUGAUAGUAAAAUGAAAAGAGUAUUUAAAAAAAAAAAAAAGUGGCGGGUCGGGCAAGGGGGAGGGGAGGGAAGGUGAGGCAUUUUCUCCAAAUUAAAGCAUUCUUCUUGAACACUGAUUGUUUUAGAAGUUAUCUCCAGCACUGACUCAUAGUGGUAUCUAGAAUUUGCAGAGUUUUUGUGACUGUGCUUUUUGGGCACCUGUUUCCCCUGCAUUUCCUGCUUUCUGAAACAAUUAUACAUUGUUUAAGGGCAUUAACUGAUUACAAUGUAUAUAUAUAUAAUAAUUUACUCUGUAGAUUAUAAUAAUAUAUAAAAAAGAAAAAAGCAACAACAACAAAAA